GGUCAUCCGCUCUUCCGCCCAGUUUUCCGACGUGAUUCGCCAGCGCUGAAAAUGGAGUUCGCGUAAAGCAGAGCCCACCAACUUCCCAUGAAGUAUUCACAUUUCUUGGCGUGUUCCACUGAUAAAGUUGAUUAAAUCAAAGACGUUAUUCGUGUCCAGCCUUCGCUGGUGCAUCGUGAGCGCGUGAGGGUUUGAUUUGAUCGCCGUAUGAAGUCUGUGAAGAGAGUCGCUUGAUCGGCUCAUGUGGAUUUUCCAAACUCGCUUGUCCUGGGAAUUGGAUAUUGUAGUCAGAUCAGGAUGAAGAAUACGCUGAUUAUUUCUCCUCUGGAUGUGAUUUACUGGGCAGAUCGUCUGAAGUACUGGUUUCACUGGUUUCAUACACCGUUUAGUGUUUUGGUGUCUCGUGAAGCAUGCUCGACUGCACAUCGGAUCGGUUUCCAUCAGUAACGGGUGAUUUUACAUUGAAAAUGGAGAUAUUUGUGAUUUAUUUCCCCGUCGUGAGUGCGAACUCGAUGUUCUUUCCAGAACUUGGAUCCCCGUGAGAAGAAAAUGAGCGACGAAUCAAAUCAAAACAGCGAUGAGAGUUACGCGCGUGUCAGAGCUGUGGUGAUGACCAGAGACGACUCCAGCGGCGGGUGGCUUCCUCUGGCCGGCGGGGGUCUCAGCUGCGUCACCGUGCACAGACUGAGCCGACCGGACGCUGAGCCGCACUUCCUCAUCCACGGAGAGAGACUCAAAGACAAAUCGGUUGUUCUGGAGUGCAUCAUCAGCAGGGAUUUGCAGUAUAAUAAAGUCAACCCCAUCUUCCAUCACUGGAGGAUUGACGACAAGAAGUUUGGCUUGACCUUCCAGAGCCCGGCCGACGCCAGAGCCUUCGACAGGGGGAUACGACGGGCCACGGAGGACAUUAAACAAGGGUGUCAGCAGUUCAGUGAUGCAGAUGUUCCUGAAGAUCCAUCAUCAGCACAGGUGAAGCGGGAGACUCCGGUGAGAGAGAUCUUCUCUCCUCGAGGAAUCGUGUCCAGCGAGCCCUUCCGUGGUUCUUAUGUUCGAGCGCCGCCCUUUGAUGAUGAUCUCAACCAUCACUUUCUGCCACCACAGGUUUCCUUCAACACCGCACGUCACGUCAGCUUUCAGAUGGACGACGAGGAGAUCGUUCGCAUCAACCCCCGCAGAGACGUUCUCAUCCGAGGCUACGAGGACUACCGACACCCCGUCUUUUGGAAACGAGACGCGGAGCGCGAGGAACCGGACUUCAUCUCCACCUUCUCCAAGCCAGAUGGGAGGAAGUGCGAGUUCUUGUAUCCCGAGGGCCCGGGGUGUCACGGCAAAGACUCCGUUAAGACCCAGCAGCCGUCCCCUCUGCUGAAGUCGAAGGCGUCCCGCCGGCGGCGCGAGGACGGCGAGCGCUCCCGCUGCGUUUACUGCCGCGAGAUGUUCAACCACGAGGACAACCGGCGGGGCGAGUGUCAGGACGCCCCCGACCCCAUCAAGCAGUGCAUCUACAAGGUGAGCUGCAUGCUGUGUGCCGAGAGCAUGCUGUACCACUGCAUGUCCGACUCGGAGGGAGAUUUCUCGGACCCGUGCUCCUGCGACACCAGCGAGGAGCAGUUCUGCGUGCGCUGGCUGGCACUGCUGGGACUGUCUCUCGUGGCGCCCUGCAUGUGCUGUUACCCGCCGCUGCGCGCCUGCCACCGCUGCGGAGAGGCGUGUCGCUGCUGCGGGGGCAAACACAAGGCCGCGGGGUGAGCCCGGACCUCGCCGACGGUUUGUUUUUUCAUUCGCCCGAGACGGGUGAGGCGACCCUCGCCGCGGGAGCUUUGAUUGACGCGGCCGACCGCCGGGUUCAGCUGCGUCAGGGGGCUCAACAGGAGGAGGCUCCUUCAGCGAACGGAGAGAUCGCUUGAACCUUCAAGCCACAGCGUGUGACGAAAUCUUUUGUACAGAGAUUAUAUCGUAAUAUUCAUAACAAUUGUGCAUAACAAUGAAGUUGUGUAUGUUUAAAGGGAUUUUAGUUUUCUUGUGACGUUGCAGUGAUCCACGUGCCCUUUUCCUUCCACUGUAGAUAUGACAACAAAGACAGCACUAGAUGUUAUUUUCCAUGAAUUAAAACGCUUCUGUUCAUGUGUUCACGUGACUUAAUGUUCUGGCCAGUGACCGUAAUAAAGCGACAGCGGUUGUGUACUGUAUAUACAGUUUGACAUGUUUUCAUCUCUUUUAUUUACAGUGCAGGUUCAUGUUAAUGCUUUUAUCUUUAAGAAUUGGAUCAUUUUCUUGAAGUCAUGAAUUUAAGAAGCACUUACAGUCAGAAUGAACUGGCUCUUGAUCUUCAUGGAGACGAUUCUUGACAGUCUAAUAUAAACCUUCCUAUUAUGUUUGUUUUCCAUUUCUAAUUGAAUGUUAAUCUUCUUUUGACGUGUAAUGAAAUAACGGGCUCAAAUGUCAUUUGAAACGUGAAUUUGUUUGUGCCGAACUGAUGCUACGACAGACAUCAUCAGAUUUGACUUUCUAUGCAAAUAUUCCCAUGAACCUCUACACAACACGCAUAUCUAACACUAUGUUCAAGCAGUGAUUUCAUUGGACGGUACAGAUGUGUUUGUCUGCUGCUGAUGUAUAUCGUGUUAUGUACAUAGAUCAGCUUUGAAUAUUCUUGAAAAGCGGUGGACGACGACGAUUGACGUGUUCAUAGAGGUUCUCUCUAGUUUUGUACGGCGGACAGAUGAAAGACGAAGGUCCAGUUGCGAAGCUGCUGGAAACAAUCACUCAUUUUACGUCACAAGAAUAUAAUUUAGCUAUGUAUGACUGUUAAAUAAAACGUGGUAUCGUUCUCAAAUGUCAUUCGACUCCGACUACAGGUUCUGUGGUGUUUUGUGUGGAUUUCAUCUGGUUUGUUUGACGGUGAUGGUAAAGCCUCGUAUGCAACAUCUCUUUUCUUGUGUGUGACUGUCACGUGCUGCUGUGCUUUUCUUUCUCUUCAUGUACAUUCUUGACUUUUUCUAGGUUCUGAGAUGAGUUUGUGAUGCUUUGCUUGCACUGGUGAUGUUGUGUAUCGGUGGUUUUCCGCUUGACUUUCAUCAUUCUUCAUCCCUGAUAAAGUGCCUGACAUCCCACAUUAAUCCUUCUGUUGCUUUCUAUCUACAGUAUGUGGAGGUUAUAUUUCUGUCAUGCUUUGAAAAGACUAAAUAUAUGAUGUAGUAUUUAUAGUUCAGUAACUCAUGUCACAGUUGUAUUUUCUCUAUACAGAUGUAGCUUGUUACUUUCGUAAAUAUACAAUGUAAAUAUGCAUACAAAAUGUUUUUAUGUUACAACAUGUACACUUAUGACAUCUAUUACCAUUAACAUAAUAAAAUGUUCAGUUUCAAGUUUCGAA